AUGUCGCCAGGGUGGUUCUCGCUGACGGCGGGCCCAGAACCAGCCUCGGUAGUCGCAGGCCCUCGCACGCGCCUGCUGGGUCCCGUGCUGGUGGUGGAGGCGGCGGUGGCGGAGGAUGCUGGCGUCUACCGCUGCGUAGCCUCCAACGCGGGUGGUGAAGCCAGCGCCGAUCUCCGCCUCACCGUCGUCACUCCGCUCCGGGUCGAGGUUCAGCCGCCGCGGCUGAGCGUGCACCUGGGCGGCAGGGCGGAGUUCCGCUGCGUCGACGCGUCGGGCUCGGUGCACCCGCAGCAGCCGCUCAGCAUCACGUGGUACAAGGACGCGAGGCCGCUGCCCGGGCCGUCGCGGGACCUGCUGGUGGUGGCGAGCGUGGGCCGCGAGGACCGCGGCAUGUACCAGUGCGUGGUGCGCCGCACCGAGGGAGACACGGCGCAGGCCGCCGCCGAGCUGCAGCUGGGAGACGCGCCGCCGGUGCUGCUGUACAGCUUCAUCGAGCAGACGCUGCAGCCGGGGCCUGCGGUGUCCCUCAAGUGCAGCGCCUCGGGGAACCCCACUCCGCAGAUCGCCUGGACGCUCGACGGCUUCCCGCUGCCCACCAACGGCAGGUUUGUGAUCGGCCAGUAUGUGACGGUGCACGGCGACGUCAUCAGUCACGUGAAUAUCAGCCAGGUGCAGGUGGAGGACGGCGGCGAGUACACAUGCACGGCAGAGAACCGCGCUGGCAAGACCUCUCAUUCCGCCAGGCUCAACGUCUAUGGUCUGCCCUAUAUUCGUCUGAUCCCAAAGGUGACGGCAGUGGCCGGUGAGACCCUGAGGCUAAAGUGCCCCGUCGCAGGAUACCCCAUCGAAGAGAUUCGCUGGGAACGAAGCGGCCGCGAGCUUCCGGACGACCUGAGACAACGGGUAACGGCGGACGGCACGCUGGAAGUGUCGCCUGUGCAAAAGGCGGACGACGCGGGCGUGUACACGUGCUGGGCGCGCAACAAGCAGGGCCACGUGGCCAGGCGCUCGGGGGAGGUCGCUGUCAUAGUUCCUCCCAAACUUAGCCCAUUUACCUCUGACAGAACGCAGCACGUGGGCGAGCGGGCCAGCCUGACGUGCUCUGUGACGCGCGGAGACCUGCCGUUGACCAUCAGCUGGUUCAAGGACGGCCGCUCGGCGGACUCCAUGCCACGGGUCUCCGUGACCCGCGUCGAUCAGUUCAAUAGUAUUCUCUUGAUCGAAAGUUUGUCUCCAGAUCACAACGGCAACUAUUCUUGUGUGGCGCGCAACCAGGCGGCCGAGGUAUCUCACACGCAGCAGCUCAUGGUCAAUGUGCCACCUCGCUGGACUGUGGAGCCCUCGGACGCCAGCGUGGAGCGCAACCGCCACGUGACCCUGCACUGCCAGGCCCAGGGGGUGCCGCAGCCCACCGUCGUCUGGAAGAAAGCAACAGGCAGUAAGUCGGGAGAAUACGAAGAGAUACGAGAGAAGCCUUACGUCAAACUGUUAAACAACGGCUCUCUGCUGCUGCAGAACGUGAAGGAGGACAAGGAGGGCUUCUACUUGUGCCAGGCCACCAACGGCAUUGGCACUGGCAUCGGAAAAGUCAUACAAGUCAAAGUCAACUCUUCGCCAUAUUUUUCGGCGCCAGCUAGUGUGGUGACGGUGAAAAAGGGGGACACGGCUGUUCUGCAGUGCAACGUCAACGGAGAUAAACCCAUCAACGUGGCGUGGCUGCGUGGCGGCAAGCUCAAGCUUACCCCUGCGACCAACUACAGGGUAUCAGUUAAACAAGACCCAACUCCUGAUGGGGUGACAGCAGAACUACAAAUAGCAGCAGCUGAAGCUAGUGACAGCGGAGCAUACUUUUGUCAAGCCAGCAACCAAUACGGCAGUGACAAGCAGCUGGUACAGCUUCUUGUGCAAGAGCCACCUCGCAGCCCAAGCAAUCUCGAGUCAGUGAUGAUCAGCAGCCGAUCAGUGAGUAUCAAGUGGCAACAUCAGACAUCAGAUGCUGCUGAGGUGACGAAGUAUAUAGUCCAAUACAAAGAAGGUGAAGGAAUUUGGCAACAGCUGGAGAAGACUGAAUCACCCUUGCAACUGUCAGCAACAAUUGAAGACCUGAAGCCAGCCACCCGUUACACAUUCCGGGUGCUGGCAGAGGGUCCGGCAGGGCAGAGUGUGCCUAGCGCAGAGCUGUCCGUGCGUACGGAACCCCAGAGACCAGCAGGCCCACCUCUGAAUGUGUCUCUGAGGCCAGUGUCCUCCACAGAAUUGCUUGUCACGUGGGCACCCCCACUGGCCGAGUUGCAGCAUGGUGACAUUCAAGGCUACAAUGUUGGAUAUCGUGAAACUAGCUCUGGCACAGGGAAUUAUAACUUCAGUUCUGUGGUUGGUGAUGGAGAGGAAGGAGGUGGUGAACUGCUGCUAGGGGGCCUUAGCAAAUUCACUCGCUACUCUGUAGUUGUUCAAGCUUUCAACCAAGUUGGUUCAGGACCCCUUUCUGAGCCUGUCACAGCACAGACUAUGGAGGAUGUUCCAAGUAUGCCACCUGAGGAUGUGCGCUGUGUUGGUUUGUCUUCCCAUUCUGUACAAGUCAGCUGGCAGCCACCACCCACAUCACACAGCAAUGGUGUUCUGCAAGGCUACAAGCUGCACUAUGAACCUCUUCUUGAUGAUCUUUGGCAUGCCUCUGACACAAUGGAAACAAAGAAAACAACAGCUCUCACUGCAGUUCUUACUGGUCUAAGAAAAUUCACAAAUUAUAGUGUUCAGGUGCUUGCGUACACAAGAGUUGGUGAUGGAGUGAUUACACAUCCUAUUUACUGCAGUACAGAAGAGGAUGCUCCAGGUGCACCUGCUGACAUUAAAGUUGUAGUAAAGUCACCACAAUCCCUGUUGGUAUCAUGGUUACCUCCAACAGAGCCUAAUGGUAUAAUAACACAUUACAACCUCUAUACAAGAGUUGUGGAUGGCCGUGAAGAAUUGAAACACAACAAACGCAACUUGGCAAGUCAUCAGACAAGUUUUGAAGCAACUGAUCUGCUGCAGCAUGUGGAACAUCAGUUUUAUGUCACAGCUUCUACAAAAGUUGGUGAAGGGCAGAGUUCACGUGUUGUGACACAGGUUCCUACAAAUAGAGUCCCAGCACGUAUUUCAUCAUUUGGUGGAGUUGUUGUGAGACCAUGGCGUAGCACUGUCACGAUGCCUUGUCUGUGUGUGGGGCAACCGCAGCCUCGCCGACGGUGGUAUCGUAGUGGACAUCUCCUCACAGGUGGCCCUGGAAUCACACUUCGGGAGUCUGGAGAGCUAGUAAUCAACCAGCUUGCUCCAUCUCAUGCGGGGAACUACAGCUGCCAGGUGGAAAAUACUCAGGGCUCUGACCGCAUACAGUUCACACUCGUAGUGCAAGUUCCACCUGCUGCUCCUGUGUUGUAUGUGACAAGUACAACAAGUAGCAGUAUACUGUUGCAGUGGAAAGUUGGUGACACUGGUGGUGCCCCCAUCACAGGAUUCAGUUUGAGCUACAGGAGAUCUCAUGGUGAUACAGAGGAAGUAUCACUACCUCGUCAUACCUCAACUUACGAGCUCAAGGGACUGCUGUGUGGUAGCACUUACCACUUAUCACUGACAGCUCAUAAUCACAUUGACAGCUCUCCUAGCAGCCCAACAUUAUCUGUCCGCACACAAGGGCAGGCGCCAGGUGUACCACACCAGGCAAUGCUGAUAACACCCAACUCCACAUCUGUGUUGUUGCGGCUACAUGUCUGGCCUGAUAAUGGCUGUCCACUGACAUAUUUUGUACUGCAGUAUCGGCCGAAUGGGGCGCAACACUGGACACUUGUGUCAAAUGCCUUGAAGCCUCAACGCAGAUUUACUGUUUCUGGCCUAAAUCCAGCUUCUAUAUAUCAGCUAAAGAUAGAAGCACAUAACAUAGCAGGAUCUUCAACUGCUGAAUACACAUUUGCUACUCUUACAAAGGAUGGUGAAUUGCCACCAUUGGAGUUAAUGAAUGGAGGAAGUCCAUCAUCCCCUUUUUAUGCAGACAUUAGAAUAAUAAUUCCACUUGUUGUGGCCUUUGUGGCAGUAGUGGGAGCUGGCGCUGCUGCUGCCCUUUGCUGGAGAAACAGGGCAACCGUUUUAGAGCAAAACCGGCCACUGAAAGAGACCUUGGACAAUCAGCAGAAUGCCGAAGCUCAGAGGGAAAGAUAUUAUGCCACAAUCCACAAGGUAGCUUUGCAAGCUAGUGGUGAUAAAAUACCAGAAACGUCAGAGGACAUAUCACCAUACGCAACAUUCCAGCUAUCAGGUCCUGGUGUAGACCCAAACAACACUCUUCUGCACAGUUUUAUGUAUCACGAACAAGCUAUGACUGAAGGGUGUGCAUCACCACCACCACAUGCAGUAAUAAAAACUGCAACAAGGAGAAGAGGAAGUAGGAAAACUGAGGUGGAUUCUGAUGAAUCAGAUUCAGACCCUGAUCAAUUGACAUCUAGUCGAACAGAGUCUUCCAAUCAGCUUGAUGCAGCAAAGAUAAAACACAAUUUCAUAUACCAUGGUGCACAUUCUAGUACAUCUUCUGAUAUAUCUCCCAUGUCAGAACAAAAAUCACUGCCAAGGAGAGGGAGAGCGAGAUGGCUUGCCCCCAGCAAAGCAUCGCUCAGGACGCUGCUGCCGCCACUAUCAGUUGCUGAGGCAUCUUUUACUGUGAGGGAUCCGAGGGAGAGGGAGACUCCGGACCGGCCUGAACUCAGUGAAGCAGAGUGCGAUAUUGACACACUGAAGAAACUCAAACUGGGCCUGCGGUCUUCCCUGUGGUCUCGUCCCAGUGGUAGUGCAACAACCACUCAUCACAACCAGUCUGAUUACUCGAUUGCUGUAUAACAGCGAAUGGAAAUGAGAGAACAUUUUAUAUUCUGUGUUGUACAUAUGCAUAUGAACACCAUGACAUGUAAUAUAUUUUCAUGUUUUGAAAGAUUUGGGUACUUGUUAUCCAGUAUUAUUGUUAGAAAAUAUUUCUGGUUAAUGACUGAUAUAAUUUUAUACUCUUGUAAUGUUAACUGGUGCAAUUUUAUAUUUACACAUGGAAAUGUAUAAGAUUUAUGUGAGAACUGAACUGUCUUUGGCUCAGUAAGCGUGUGGCAUGGUUUGAGUUCAAAACCCUUUUUACAUUAUGUAGCAUUAUAUAUUUUUGUUGUGGUUAGCAGCUCACAGCAAACCCGCAGAUUGUUCUCUCAGAGAGAAUGACAGUUUGUAACUGAACUGUAUGGAAUUACUAGGUUUAUACCUGAAUCUCCUCCCCCACU